CAAAACCACACUGGGCUGGAAAUAUGAACACGCUUUUGAGAGCAGCCAGAAGUAUAAAGAAGGCAAAUACAUCAUCGAACUAGCUCACAUGAUCAAGGAUAAUGGCUGGGAUUGAAUGGGAAGAGCCCAGCCAAACCAGCGUGUUAGCAGAGUUGAGAGGAUUUCAAAAUCACAUUUGCUGGACCACGAACAAAGUGGAAACUGACCAAAGGGGACGGAAUUCAGUUGGCCUGUGUUCUGCCCAGCAAGUAGGAAGAAGGAGAGACAAUGCAUCAAGUGGACUGGAUUGGGAAUCAGAAGAUGUGGAUUGUAUUCCUGGCUCGGUGACUAUCCUGGUGUGUGACAAGAUAUUGAGGGACAGCUCAACCAAUGAAACACAAGGCAGAAGUAUUGCAUCAUGGGCUGAUUAUACUCCCCCGAGGGCAGCACAGCGUUCACUGGACCUCUGCUCAGGAACUCAGCCAUGUUUGUUGCAAAUUGCCCCUGUUGCCAUUAGGGGAUGCUAUGUUCAUCAUGGAACAGACCAUCUCUCCCAGAACAGGGACAGAGAAAUUCCCCAAGGAAUUCAGAGUUCACCUCUUGGAAGCUUGCCACCUUCUGGGCAUAUUGGGAUUUACAUACCAGAGGAUCAAAACCAGAAAACAUUCAGCAGAGGUCCUUCAAUCAAAAUGAAAAUAUCACAGGAGAGCUCUCAAAUUGUUGCCCCAAUGGAGAGAAAAUGCAGUUGCCAAAAGAAAAAAGACAAAGGAAACUCAGACUUCAGAACCCUCCCUAUUCACAGAUACAGGAAGAAACUAGUUGAUGCUGUCAGAGACAAUUCAUUUCUUAUUGUGACUGGGGAGACGGGGAGUGGCAAAACUACCCAGCUCCCUAAGUAUCUAUUUGAAGAAGGCUUUCCAAAGCAUGGAGUGAUUGGUGUGACUCAGCCACGCCGAGUAGCUACAAUAUCUGUGGCUCAGAGAGUGGCUGAGGAGAUGAACUCUUCACUGGGAAGCAUAGUGGGAUAUCAGGUUCGCUUUGAUGACUGCACCUCUGAGGGUACUGCAAUCAAGUAUAUGACUGAUGGCUGCUUACUGAGACAGAUACUGGCAGACCUCCAUCUUACCAAAUACAGUGUCAUUAUACUGGAUGAAGCCCAUGAGCGGAGCUUAAGCACAGACAUCUUAUUUGGCUUGCUGAAGAAACUAUUCCAACAAAAGAAGCCUCCCAAGAGAAGGAAAGCCUUGAAGGUGGUGGUGAUGUCAGCUACCCUGGAGGUAGACAAGCUCUCAGAGUUCUUUGGAGGCUGCACAGUGGUGGACAUUCCAGGAAGGAAUUAUCCCAUCAAGGAGAUAUUCUGCAGCCUGCUUGGCCCAAAGAAUGCAGAAAGCUCUGCCUAUGUUAUAGAGGCUGUAAAAGUGACCCUGGAUAUCCACUUGAAUGAGUCAGCGGGAGACAUCUUGGUUUUUCUGACUGGACAAUCUGAGAUAGAAAGAACAUGCGACUUACUUUUCCAAAAAGCGGAAUCUAUUGAUUACCGCUAUGAUGUGCAAGAUGGUUCUGUUGAAGGUUUGCUUAUCUUACCAUUGUAUGGGUCAAUGCCAACAGAUCAGCAGAGAAGAAUAUUUUUGCCACCUCCUCCAGGCAUUAGAAAAUGUGUUGUAUCCACAAACGUUGCUGCAACUUCUCUGACAGUUGAUGGAAUCAGGUAUGUAGUUGAUAGUGGAUUUGUGAAGCAGUUAAAUCAUAAUCCCAGGGUUGGCUUGGACAUACUGGAGGUGGUUCCCAUUUCAAAGAGUGAAGCAAUGCAACGAGCUGGCCGAGCUGGCAGGACAUCAUCUGGAAAAUGCUACAGGGUGUACAGCAAAGAAUUCUGGGAUCAGUGUAUGCCUGAUCACAUGAUCCCAGAGAUUAAGAGGACUAGUCUUACAUCUGUGAUCUUGACCUUGAAGUGCCUUGCUGUACAUGAUGUCAUAAGGUUCCCCUAUUUGGACCGCCCUGAAGAGAGGCAUAUUUUAGAGGCUCUUAAGCAACUUUACCAGUGUGAUGCUAUUGACAGGAGAGGCCACGUGACAAGAAUGGGAGAGUUUUUGGUGCAAUUUCCUCUCCCUCCAAACCUGACCUGUGCUGUCAUAAAGGCAGCUUCUCUUGACUGUGAAGAUCUGUUGCUUCCCAUAGCUGCGAUGUUGUCUGUGGAAAAUGUCUUCAUACGGCCUGGUGACCUUCUGAAACAAAAGGAAGCAGAACUCCGCCACCAGGAGCUGUCAUUAGAGGCAGGAGGAUGCAAUGAUUUUGCAACCCUUUUAAACAUCUUUGAACAGUGCAAAUCAAGCAAGUCUCCUGCAGCUUGGUGCCAGAAACACUGGGUCCACUUCAGAGCUUUAAAAUCUGCUUUUAGUGUGGAAGCACAACUUCAGGAAAUAACCAGUAAGCUUAAACAGCUGUCUGACUUCCCAAGAGAGCGUUUUGAUGGCUCCAAAAUGAGAUACUCCGAAGAUGUCUGUGCACGGGGGUACUUCACCAAUGUAGCCAGAAGGUCCGCAGGCAGGACAUUCUGCACGAUGGACGGACAUGGUAGCAUAGUCCAUCUUCAUCCUUCAUCAGCACUCCAUGACCAGGAACUUCAACCUGAAUGGAUCAUCUUCCAUGAUGUCCUGGUCACAUCUAAAAUUUAUGUGAGGAUGGUGUGUCCUAUUCGCUAUGAGUGGGUCAAAGACUUGUUGCCCAAGUUGCAUGAAAUUGAUGUGUAUGAACUGAGCAGUGUGGCACGGGAAGAGGUGACCGAGGAGGAAAUAACCAAGUGGAAAAACAAGGAAGACCUCAAACGACAGUAUGAAAAAAUAAAAGAUGACUCUGCAAAGAAGACGGAGAAAAGGAACGAUGAUAAAUCAAUACGGGAUGCCCGAGUGCGUUACCUCCAGAGAAAGCAGCAAAGGGCACGGGGUAUAAAUGCCAUGCUGAAGGAGAUAGGCUAGUACAGCAAUGAGUACUCUUGCAAAGGCACUCAGUGCAAUUGCUUGUUGAUAAGCUUGCAGCAUAAACACACACACACACAAAAAAAAAGGUGAGAACUGAAGGAAGCUGCCAGUUCACAUGGAGUCUGUCUGUCUCUGCUUGGGGGCACAAACCUGAUACUCCUUGCUGUUUUUGUGACAGACAGUGAGGAAAGGUUAAUGAGCUGAACUUUCAUUGCCAUUUGUCCUAGGCAGUAACUUAUUCACCGCAAAUGUGGCUGAAGAAGCAGUAUUUACAGCCUGUUCUGUGUCACUCAGUCGGAAUUGGAGUUGGCCUCUAAAAAUGGGCAUUGUGUCAAUGCAAUUUUUAGUCACAUUUUCUUGAAAACCUUGUGAAAUGGAGUAUAACUGUCCAGUGUUACAUUUUUA